UCAUUCCCCACCACCCGUCCUCAUCUACAAACUAUCACAAUGGGUGUCCUUGAACAGCUCUCCCGCAAGUCCGGUGUCAUCGUUGGUGAUGACGUUCUCCGUCUCUUCAACUACGCUAAGGAGAAGGGCUUUGCUAUCCCCGCCAUUAACGUGACUUCCUCCUCCACCGUCGUCGCUUGCCUUGAGGCUGCUCGCGACCAGAAGUGCCCCAUCGUCCUCCAGGUCUCCCAGGGUGGUGCUGCCUACUUCGCUGGCAAGGGUGUCAGCAACGAUGGCCAGGCGGCCUCCAUUGCCGGUGGUAUCGCCGCUGCCCACUACAUCCGCAGCAUUGCUCCCACCUACGGCGUCCCCGUCGUCCUCCACACCGACCACUGCGCCAAGAAGCUCCUUCCCUGGCUCGAUGGUCUCCUCGACGCGGAUGAGGCAUACUUCAAGCUCCACGGCGAGCCCCUCUUCUCCAGCCACAUGAUUGACCUGUCUGAGGAGCCCGUCGACUACAACAUCCAGACCACCGCCGCUUACCUCAAGCGUGCUGCCCCCAUGAAGCAGUGGCUCGAGAUGGAAAUCGGUAUCACCGGUGGUGAGGAGGAUGGUGUCAACAACGAGGAUGUUGACAACAACUCCCUGUACACUCAGCCCGAGGACAUCCUUGCCAUCCACAACGCCCUUGCUCCCAUCAGCCCCUACUUCUCCAUUGCCGCUGGUUUCGGUAAUGUGCACGGUGUCUACAAGCCCGGCAACGUCCGUCUCCACCCCGAGCUUCUCCAGAAGCACCAGGCCUACGUCAAGGAGAAGACCAACUCCUCCUCUGACAAGCCUGUCUUCUUUGUCUUCCACGGUGGCUCCGGCUCUUCCAAGGAGGAGUACAAGGAGGCUAUCAGCUACGGUGUUGUCAAGGUCAACCUUGACACUGACAUGCAGUUCGCCUACAUGUCCGGUAUCCGUGACUACAUGCUCAACAAGAAGGACUACCUCCUGACCGCUGUCGGUAACCCCGACGGUGAGGACAAGCCCAACAAGAAGUUCUUCGACCCCCGCGUCUGGGUUCGUGAGGGUGAGAAGACCAUGUCCAAGCGUGUCCAGGUUGCUCUGGAGGACUUCAACACUGCUGGCCAGCUGUAAAAAGGUCUUGACGUUUACCUGAUGUGAUGUGCCUUCGGAAUAUGACGAAACCAGAUACCAGUACAUAAAAUGACAAUUUCUGAGAACGGCAAAAAAUAUGUUGUUUGUUUGACCGUAACCUGGAGCCAUGAUACGGGGCCCCAUUGGCUACCUCUGUGGGGAUGCUUGAUGUUGAUUGAUACGGAGUUCUGAGAGCGGUGAUGAUGCUGAUGACGAUGUAUGUAGUACUCCGUAAGUAGUCUAAAGACGAAAUAAAGUAAUGUCUGCUGUAUGAAAC